GUGUGUGUGUGUGUGUGUGUGUGUGUGUGUGUGUGUGUGACACAGAGAAAGAGAGAAGAGAUGGCAGAGAAGCAGCAGACUGUCAUGCCCAAGGGCUUGGUGGAGUUUGAUAUGUCCUUCCUCAAAUCCAGACGAGGUUUACUGAAACUCUCAGAACUGGUGGUGCUGUUUGUGGCAUCUGUGUGUUUCAUGGUGGCUUGGCGGCCACCCUACAUCUCAGCCGCCUGUAUGGAGUUUUUCAUCACACUCGCUCUGUUCAUCCUCUACCUGCUGAAGCUCCACAAAUCACUCAGCUUCUUCUUCUGGCCUCUGAUAGACAUGUUUAACUCCGUCUUUGCUGCACUCUUCUUGUGUGGUAUCAGCCUGGUGGCCGUGUCCACAUUCACUACCAAGGGCACCUUAGUGGGAGGAAUCAUGGGUUUGGUGGCAGUUGUGUUGUGUUGUGUUGAUGGUUAUUACAUCUUCACGAAAAUCACCUUCAACAGGACGAUUGUGUAUGCAGAGCCUCAUUAACACUGUUACACAAAUGCUACAUGUCUGUUUAAUGCACACGUAUAGAAUGUAAACACACUCAUUCAGUUUAUGUGUGUGUUAUAGACUGUUAAAAAAUUACUUGGUUUUGUCUUUUAGAAAAUGUCUUGUUCUAUAUUGUAUACAUUAUUAUAAUAUAAUAUAAUCGUUAGCACAUUUGUACCUAACUACUGUACAAACUCUCAAUAAAAACAUUCAAAGAUC